AUGGCCCGGGUUAUGGGAAGGGCUGCCUCGGCUUUGGCCAGGCGCAGUCCAAGUAGGGCGGCUCAAAGGAGAGCUCGAAGGCAUAAGGUCAUCAUGGAAUCUGUCACACAAGAAAAGAAGAAACUUCGGAGUGUCAUUUGUUUUGAAGCGCAAGCACCAAGUGGUUACACCUUCAUUCCUGCAGGUAAUCCUCUACUUACUACGGCGUGUAAGGAGAGGUGUCGAGCUGAGGGUCUUCAGAUCCACGCUGUAUCGACUACCCCACACCAUCGCUCUCACAACCUAUCCCAGCAUGUUCAUAGGAUAGGAUAUCAUUUUCCUAGUACUGUUGUGGCAAAUGUUUGCUCGGAGCUCGGGUUCCAUCUCACAAGCACUGGCAAAGCAGUCGCCAUCUAUGCUACUGGCGGGACCGACGAGCACAAGCGGGCUGACUCUGAAAUAUCUCAAAUAACUUUGAACACAGAAGCACGGGAUGCCUUGAGGGACCUCUUUCCAAACAUACCAGACACAGACUUGAAUCAAAUCAUCAAGACGGCGUUUCAGAAGGGAACCAAAAAAGUUGGGACGGCGACUGAAUUACCGAUGGCUCGCAGAGCUCAGUUGGCUGUGGUUGCUCACAUUCGGCAUGUCUACACUGACUAUGACCGCCUCCUAAAACACCUUUCUUUCCAUGAAGCAAGAGGAACUGUUGAGCACACGACCUUAUCAAAGCUCAUUGAGUGGCGAGGGGACGAUGAAAAUGGCCAGACAGUCCUGGAGGAUAUCUUCCGUGAGGUGAUCGUUAUCUCUGACGACGAAGACAGCGAAUCCGAGGAAGAUGUGGCGUCCAAGGCAGGGCACCACAGCGUGGAAAUACUACCUAGCCAUCCUCGUGCACAUGAGGUCCGGAGUCAGCCCAUCAGCAACACACAACCUCCUAAUCAGGAUCUUCCACGGGAACCAUCUGAAGAAGCACCGCCUGGAUUCCGCUUUGUCACAGAAAUACCGGCAAAGGACACUACGAACCGUCGUGGAUUCCACAGGUACCAAGCAUGGAACCGUGCCAUUCAGGAAUAUAGAGGUAUACAUGGUUCUGGACACCCUAGGUUUGCUAGCGGCCCAGCUGGGAAGCGAAGCCCACGAUACGCCGAGCAGCGCAGUGCUCAGGACCCACCCGCUGCUCGGCGUCAUGACAUGAUUCCUCAACGCGCAGAGGUUGGUCGGCGAACCAUUCCAGGCUCAGCCAGUAUUGAUAGCCAAACACAGCGUGUGCCCGCUACUCCACUAAUGGAUCGACAUAGAUAUGCAGGCGUCCAGGAGAGUUAUAUCCACUCGGACUUCCAGCAAAAGACGUCGGGACAUGAGCUCAAAGCCAGGCCCACUAAACCAAGUAAUCAGGAAUCACCCGAGUUACAGGUCUUAGAAGAACUCUCUGGGCCCAGAAGUACGAACUUGAUCCACUUACAGGAUGUUCCUCUUUCCAGGAUGGAACCAAGGUCCCGACGAGAAAGGCCAUCCCCCCAGCCGGACAGGACCAACGCGCCGGUGUUCGUGAGCGGACCGCAGGAGAAACGACAAUGGAAUCCCAUAGGACGAUACACUGACUCAGCGAGAUCUACUCAUCCCAGACCAGGAUCCAACGCGCAGGAUGUGAUUUUACCGUCGAUUGAGAACCCCUGGCCAUCAGAGCACCGACGGACUGAGGUCGCGCAUCCUUUAGUGCAUAUGACGAACAAGAUGUCUCUCCGAUCGGUCACACCAGGAUAUCCUCAAGGAGAGACGAUGCAUCACCCUGAUGUUGUCGAAAAGGGAAGGGACAGCGAGCAAGCGAGCAAAAGAAGACGCCUGGCAUCUGAAGAUUCCCGAGAUGAAGCCCGUCCCGAUUUGCGGACUACAAGGCCCAUUGGCCUUCCCAUUUCCGAGGGAUUUGCGCCCCGUCCUCAUCGUCACGUUGAACUUAUUCCAGAUUAUCGUCCGGACCAGCCUCAUUCCCGUCGAGACUAUUUGCCAGUGGAACAAGCCCCUCUUAUAGGACGACAUCAGCGGGAAAGGAACCCAGCUCUCUAUUCCAAUGGCCAGCUUGGUCAUGAUGCAAGGUCAGUCUUGGGUCGGCAGCCUAUUAACGGACCACGCGAGCCUCAGAAUCGACCUGGGCUUUCCAGCGCCAGUAUCCUUGUCUCGGAAGGCGAGCAUGCCUUCGGAGCUGCUCCGGCCGUUUCGAACCCUGGACACUGGCAUCCAUACCCUGGUGAUCGUAGUAUUCGUCUGGACCGUGCUCCAGUGGAACCGCGGGUCAUGCGGCGCAGCCGCGUUGACCAUGGCCGUCCUUUACCAGAGGAUGUUCAACCUGACAGGAACCUGUAUGCCGAUGGCUUCGUUCAGCACGUUGACCAUUAUGAACCUCCUCCAUAUGAAUUCGUCGCCAGGCGCCCAGAACCCGAGACCCAGCCCACUGGGGACCUCUGUCAGAAACCCCGUGCUAGAGAUCUUGAGUAUUCUCGCACGAAGCAGCUGUAUCGGACUCAGGCGUUGUCGGAUCGACACAGCCCAUUGUUCAUAGGCUCGCGUGUGGCUCCUUCCCACGAGUACCCUCGCACCUUCUCGGACUCUGCUACUACAGGAACUAUCCAGCCUCGCGGGUCCACCCCUCAGGUCCCUCUUGAAAGACCAGUCAGUGGCGGGCUCGCCUUCUUGCGCUCGUCUCACGAUUAUCCUCCAUCUCAGACUACGGAGCAAAACCGCCCAGUCUACGUCCAACGAGUGGAACCUCAUUCGCCGUAUUAUUCCGUCCUUGAUGGAAGGCGUGUUGUCAUUGUGGAUUAA